AUGCACGCCUCAUUUUCCGCCGUCGUCACCACACUCCUCGCUGUCAGCGUCGCUGCUCUCCCAAACAACAAUGGCGGUAGCCCAACCACCACCUGGGGCAGCACUUCCCCAACCGGCGCUCCCACUUGCUCCGGCAGCAAAUACACAUGUGUAUCCAACGGACUUCUCACCCUCCUCACCUGCACCAACAUCUUGAACGGUGUUGGCAUUAGCAUUCCAAUCACUCUUAAGAACCGUGCUCUCGAGGAACGAGGAAUUGAAGCCCGUACCAGCAAAGAAGAUGGAGAUUACUGCUGCACUUCCGCCGGAUUGCUCACUCUCAGCUGUCUCAACGUUGCAAAUGGUGUUCUCAUCUACUUGCCAAUCUCUCUAUAA